GUCUCCAAGUUUCUGUCAGCAAUCGCGGUCAUAACUUUCACAUAUAAGGCUCUGCGGCGCUGGCCUUCCAAGACGAUGCACGAAAUAAUCAUAAGAGAAUAUACCCCAACUAUCCCCGGUCCUUUUCACAACCGACAUCAUGCAAGAAACAGCGGAGGAGUACGAGCAAGGCCUUUCGUUUGAACUGCUCCAAGUUUCUCAACCCGGGAACGCGAGGAACACGAAUCAAAACCAGAAUCAUAUACUCAGGGCAAGCGGCGUUGACGGGAGCCACAAUUGCAACUACCUAUACUGUGGAGCAGAUCAUUGGAAUCAAGACUGCCUUCCCGGCGUGCUGAAGAUAUUGGCGGGCGGAUUGACCAUCAACCACAAACGCUUCAGAAGACAGAGAUCAAGUCCCAAGUCAGGGAAUAAGAGAAAAAUGGCGACUGAGCCUUCGGAUCACGCUACUGUGAAUACUCUCACACGAUCAUGUUGGAGAAGAGGAGGGCAGAGAAGUUUCGAGGCAGUAACCUCUGGAUGUCUCGUUCCUCCGAAGUGCUAUGAAAGAAGAACGCAUCCUUCCAACAAAGCACGGUUACUGACUUAGAUUCACCGUAUCAUCGAGUUUCUUUCUCUGGGUCUCUAAUUGUGUCUAUUGUCCUUCACCGAUUUCUCCUAGUUCGCACAAUGUCCUACUCCUGUCUUUAACCAUUUCAUCAAAGGAAACCCUGGGAGAGCAAAGACCUCUUUGAUCGACACUCAGGACAAUAGUCCAUCAUUUCUCA